UACCUGUUCUGUAGCUCGCCCUACGCAGCCUUGUAGUCCGCUGUAGCUUCCUGCUCUCAGCACUGUACGUACUCUGCUUACAGUGUGACUGGUACUGCUGCCCGUGCCUGUGCCUGUUGUGCUGUAACCCCACGUAGAACCCCCAACACAACGUGCUCCACGGAAAAAUCUCCAAAGCUCAUGCGGCAGCAACAGCAAAAUCCCAAUUUAGUUAGCAACGCCGACGCCCACGCAUUGGCUCUGCUGCUUCCGAGGCUGUAGCACACGCGGCUAGUUUCUCAUCUCUUCUUCCCUUUUUUAUCUUACCAUGCACCGCAUCGCAGCGUCGUCUCGGUCCGCUGCUCGGGCGCUCCCGAAACAGCUCUCCAGCCUGCCUAAAGCCUCACAAUGGGGUGCUAACUCGACGCGACCUCUCACCGUGGCCGCUUGCCGACAAACCUCAAGAAGACCAGUCGUAGCUUGCAACACACAGCUCUCGCUUCGUCGCUAUGCAGGAUGCGGAUGUCGCGGCGCCAAGCGCACCACGACCGCCUACAUCGCACUGGGCAGCAACAUGGGAGACCGUGUGGCCGAGAUUGAAAAGGCGUGCAGAGAGAUGGAUAAGCGAGGCAUCAAGGUCACUAGGACAAGCAGUCUGUGGGAAACAGCUCCCAUGUACGUCACGGACCAGGACCGCUUUGUCAAUGGCGCUUGUGAGGUCGAAACAGAACUCGAGCCAUUGGCCCUUCUCGACGAACUCCAGGCCAUUGAAAACGAAAUGGGACGACACAAAUUGAUCGACAAGGGCCCUCGCAACAUUGACCUUGAUAUAUUGAUCUAUGGCGACGAGGCUGUUUCCCACCCACGCCUCAACAUACCCCAUAUCGGAAUUCCAGAGCGCGAGUUUGUCCUGCGGCCUCUUGCAGAGCUCAUCCCUUCGAAACCCCUCUUUGCGUCGAAUCCGUGGAAGCUUGUCCAAGACUACCUCAACGACCUCCCCGCCGCCGAACCGCUAUCAUCCAUCACACCUCUCUCAUCGACCCAAAAGCCGCUUACGCCUCUCUUCCACACCAAACGAACAAAUAUUAUGUCCAUCCUUAACCUUACCCCAGACUCCUUUUCCGAUGGUGGUAUCCAUUCCCCCGCCACCAUCACCGACGCCGUAAGAGAGGCCGUCCGCGCCGGCGCCACUAUUCUCGACAUUGGCGGCCAGUCAACCGCCCCCGGGCGACCCGAAGUCACCGCCGAGGAAGAGCUGUCUCGGGUACUACCUGUCGUACAGCUCAUCCGCUCGCUUCCUGAGUGCAAGGAUACUGUCAUCAGCGUCGAUACGUACCGCGCCUCCGUUGCCGCACAGGUCCUGGAGCACGGCGCCGACGUCAUCAACGACGUCUCGGCUGGCACGCUCGAUGCGGACAUGCUCCCGACUGUUGCUCGCCUAGACAAGACGAUAUGUCUGAUGCACAUGCGCGGGACUCCUCGAACCAUGUCCGAUCUCACCGCCUACCCGGACGGCCUCAUCCCGACUGUCGCAGCUGAGCUCCUAGACCGUGUCGCCGCCGCGGAAGCUGCAGGCAUCCGCCGCUGGCGCAUCAUCCUGGACCCUGGUAUUGGCUUCGCCAAGACGACAGACCAAAACUUGGAGCUCCUUCGCCGCCUAGACGAGCUGCGCACAUGGCCGGGUUUGGAAUCCCUGCCCUGGCUCGUUGGAGCAAGCCGCAAAUCUUUUGUGGGCGCCGUGACCGGUGUCGAAGAGCCCUCUCGCAGGGUCUGGGGCACCGCUGCGACAGUAGCAGCCGCUGUGCAGGGGGGCGCUGAUAUUGUUCGUGUUCAUGAUGUUGCAGAGAUGAAGGAUGUGGCAGUCAUGGCUGAUGCCAUUUGGCGAGCCUAAGUCUUCCGUUUAUUCUAGAUAUUUCUGUAUUUAUACACUGAUGCCCUGUGGACAUCAAGCCUCUACCCCUUGUAAUAUCAGAAAAACUGCAUGUAUUGUAUAUCUGCUUCUAGCCGUCUCUCUUCUCACUUUUGUUGUGUCGCAAAACUGUCGCAGUGUGUACUGCGACGGUACUAUCAAGCCAUGUCGUUGUUAGCGCAUUGCCAAAUUUGGCGUCGUCGCUUCGCUUAGCUCUAGCGCCAUCGUUGCCGAGAUUUCGUGGGGCGUUGGCGCACUGGACAACGCUAAACCCCUGCCGUUGGGCAAUACACAAAAGGUUACCGCAAAUCUUGUCCGUCAUGAAUUAACGGUUGCCUCUCACUACCGGUCAAGGCAAAACGCUCACCGGUGGUAAGCUUCACCAGGCGUCCACUACUGCAGUCCCGAAAAACCCGGUCAAAUUAGUGACUCGGCCUAGGGUUAGGUUUCGUCACCGGCUUAUGGUGUCUCCUCAUGUAGCGCCUUUCCUAAGCCGGUCUAUAGGCGGCCCAAUGUUCACGCUCGAUCACCUGUGUCUUAGACUGUGAUGGAAAUAAGCUUCCCCUGUCCUCUGCCGCUGUAUUUGUAGGCCAAUCAAGUGGCAGGGGCUCAGGAUGGAAACAAACAGUGUGAUUCUUUGACGCAAUACAGGGGUGCACGUCACCGGUUGCGGGCGGCAUAGAUGCCGCCACUGCAAGAUAUGACAGGUAACGCCCCCUCAGGCGCCGUCUCAACGACAAGUCCCUUGUAUUUCGUUUGCUUGGUGGCGGGCAGAUUGGUUGAAGGGCUCGGCCUGGUUGUGCUGCCGGCAUAUGCGGCCGCAGGAAGCCCAGCUAUGCUUGGCUGUUGUCUCGUUUCCCCGCCGCUUCCGCCAUUUGAGAAUCACCCGCUCUGGGGGCACGUAAUGCUUCUCGCCACCGAACAAGCAUGCUACUUCAUAUGUAAAUGGGUGAAAAGCCUUCUCUGUUGGUCUAUAUGCCGGGCAAUGCACAUAUAUCUUUGUCCUAUGUUGCGCAAGAUCGAACCCGGCAACCUGUCAGUUGGGUUGUGACAGGGAUACCGCCUAAAGAGCACGGCCUGAUCCUGUUCAAGGCGUCGGAAACAAUAAUAAAGAAGCCCCCAUGUAACCUCAGCUCCCAUUGACCAAGGCUGUGCUCAAACUCCAUUCUGAGACAACUCAUUGGAUGCCUUCUUACCUCUGAGACGACGGCGCAACCGAGUGCAGACGACGUGGCCCCUCCCGCUAUGAGACACGCAUUCUCCAACGUCAUUUUCAGCGAGGCAACAAUAGGAUUCUAGGCUUUUGCUAUUCCAUGUCAUGCCAGCCUCACGGAAUACGCUCCUCGAUCGGAAGGAUGUGCUGGACGGGUCAGGGGGGCUUGCAGCCGGUCAGCAGAAUGUGGCUGGCCCCCAUCGAAUCAAAGCUUCAGAUAGCCCGUUUUAAUUUAUUCAUUCUCCUCUCAGGUGGCCACAAUAGCGGCCACCCGGUACAGUCCGAUGAAGAAGAAGUAACCAGGAUACUUCUGAGUGACUUGAGGACCCCGAGAGGGUACUUUGGCUGCACAUGUCGGGGCACCAAGCCGCCUGCCGUAGCGGAAGCCCUCCGGAAUGAGAGUUGUGGUCCUGCUAUUCAUAGAGAGCAGUUGAUUGGUGUUCCUUGAAAAAGAAAGCAAGUGUUCGAUUUGCAAUCAUAAAAGUGAAUUUAAUCAAAAAAAAAAAAAAAAAAAGAAGUAGCCUAGCUAAAUCAUCAUCCGGUGGCACUGUGGACAAACUCUUGUCCAAGUCCAACAUCAGCCAGUCUGCCGCGACAUUCAGCGCCGAUAUGCUGCCCCCAUAAGCCCAUAAAUCAGUCUGCAAGAAUAAAAAUGAUUCGCUUGUUGAAAUAAGAACCCCGAAUUGAUGAACGGUCAUUCAAACAUCGCCGAAUGUAAUCCCAGACCUGAUAAAAAACAUAUGUCUGUAAUUGUGCCUGUAGCCUCUUAAGUAAACCUCUAAUGCUUCCGUGUAAAUAAACCGAUCUUAAUGAGGGUCCAAAUACUCAUAGAGGCGGUUCAAGGAUACUCUGGCCUUCUGUCCUGUCCAUCUUGGCCGGAAAAUAUACUGUGCGCAUCCAGCCCCGAGGAGCGUGUGCCUAGGGUGCGGGUACCAGACGCUCCGCUGCUCCCCAGGUCAAACAUAUUAGUUCGCUCAGAUUUUGACUUUGCGUACAAAUCGAUGGAACCCAUCAUAGACGAAGGCUGGUGAAACAUAUCGACCCGGUCGUUGUCAUAAGUAAAAUUGGAAAACGAUGGGAACGGUUUGUCACCCUGAACAAGCUUGCUUGUAUCUGGGAACAGGUGCAGGUCGGCACUAGCAUCAUGGCCUCUUGAUCCAUGAUAGAGCGAACCACGCGUGUCGUAGGGGUAUCCAGAUGUCGCAUCAUUUAGAAGGCUUGUGGAUGUAAAGUCGGGGAGUGUAUGUGGCAGAUUGUUGAACGCAGGAAAUCCUCCGGUAUGAUUGUUGGAGCCGUGUGCUGAACCCUUGUUCUUGUCAUUCUGAUAGUGGCCUGGAGAGCGGCCGCGUACAAUCAUCUUGUGAGACUUUUGGCAAGCAACUCUGACGUAUUCGUAGCCUCCGUCUUUACCCAACACGCUUGCCCAGAGCUCCACCACGAAGUGAUAAAACUGCUGGGCUGCCCGGCGCUUCCCAUUGUUUUGUGUGGCUUGUCGGAAUUGCACUCUUUCAAAAGUAUGUUCCAUGGGGAGUUCUGUCGGAAGGGUACCACUGCUUGCGUCAGGCGGCGUUCGAUGGCGCAAGUAAAAGGGUACGUUCCCUGCGCUCAUAUCUCGUCUGUCCAUUGUGCUAGCAUUAAUAGGAACCAUUGGGAUCUUUUGUGCUUUCAGAGUCUUCUUCGGAUCUCUCUUGGGGGUGUAUAGAUCCAGGAUGAUGGGCUGCUGAUCAUUGCCAGCCACAACGGCAGAUAUGGUCAUCGCUAAGCCAUAUACAAGAGUUGGCUGCGAUGUUUCAUUUUGAGCAAAGAAUAAAUCAUAUGCAGGAUAAAAUGGCGAUAAUUCAAACGAACACCCGCAAGACAUGUAAUUUCGCCGAUAGCAAGUCCAUUCGCCUUCUGCUUGGAAGAAAUUCUUGUGAAGUGCCGCCACAAUUCUGACCGUUACAGGUACGAAGUCGGAUGUUUGGCCAGACACAAGUGAAUCAGAGUAACUCAAAAGACCCAUCAUUUGUGUUUCCAUCAUAGGCAUCAUUUGGUCGGCCAAACCGUCCCUCUCAAACUGCUGAGAAUUCAAAUGAUGGUUCUCUGGCGUGUAGAGUCCAUGAGAGCUCGGGGAGGCGCUCAUUUUCGCGCUGCGAUGCCCUGGGCUUUGCAAUGAAGGGCAGCGACUCAACUGAUGGCUUGACUUCCUAUCGUUUGGGAUAUGUCCAGCGUACACGUCCUUGGCAUGGCCAUUUGAUGGGUCGUAGUAUUGACUGGCGCUUCCUCGGACUCCCGUUCGACCAGGCAUUGAAACUGACGGAAU